CCCUCCUCCCGGCUCGGCUGCCGGCCCUCGCGCCCUCCAGUCGUGAGUAACCCGCAUUGGGUGCGGAGAGUCCCCGCGGCGGCGGCGGCGGCGGCGGCUGGACAAACCAUGUUUCGGAGGAUCUUGCAGAGGACUCCUGGGAGAGUUGGCUCUCAAGGUUCUGAUUUAGAUUCAUCAGCAACUCCUAUAAAUACGGUGGAUGUCAAUAAUGAAAGUUCUUCAGAGGGUUUCAUAUGUCCCCAGUGUAUGAAAUCUCUUGGCUCAGCUGAUGAACUUUUCAAACACUAUCAGGCAGUUCAUGAUGCUGGUAAUGACUCGGGGCAUGGUGGAGAGGCCAGUCUUGCUUUGACACGAGAUGACAUAACACUACUCAGACAAGAGGUCCAAGACCUACAGGCCUCACUUAAGGAAGAAAAAUGGUACUCAGAAGAAUUAAAGAAAGAAUUAGAAAAAUAUCAAGGGCUACAGCAGCAAGAGGCUAAAUCUGAUGGAUUGGUGACUGAUUCAUCAGCAGAGCUACAGUCUUUAGAGCAACAAUUAGAAGAAGCCCAAACUGAGAAUUUUAAUAUUAAGCAAAUGAAAGAUCUGUUUGAACAGAAAGCAGCUCAACUUGCUACUGAAAUUGCAGAUAUAAAGUCAAAAUAUGAUGAAGAAAAGGGUCUCCGAGCAGCUGCAGAACAAAAAGCGACACAUUUGACAGAAGAAUUAACUAAAUACACGACUGUAAUUCAAGAUCUGAAAACUGAACUGCUUCAGAGACCUGGUAUAGAAGAUGUUGCUGUACUAAAGAAAGAACUGGUCCAAGUUCAAACUCUAAUGGAUAACAUGACUUUGGAGCGUGAGAGAGAAUCUGAAAAACUCAAGGAUGAAUGUAAAAAGUUACAGUCAGAACACGCUAACUCGGAGGCUACCAUAAACCAGCUAAGGAGUGAACUUGCCAAAGGCCCCCAAGAAGUUGCAGUAUAUGUGCAGGAAAUACAAAAACUUAAAGGUUCAGUUAAUGAAUUAACACAAAAAAACCAGACCUUGACGGAGAAAUUGCAGAAGAAAGACCUGGAUUACACCCACUUAGAGGAGAGGCAUAACGAAGAGGCCGUGAGUAGAAAGAACACCCAGGCAGCCCUCCACCAAAGGGACCUGGAUUGCCAGCAGCUUCAGGCAAGGCUGACUGCAUCCGAAGGCUCACUACAGAGGGUCCAGGGAGAGCUCAGGGAAAAGGGAGAGGCUGCUCAGAAGCUCAAAGAAGAACUGCGGGAAGUAGAGACCAAGCACCAGCAUCUUAAAGUGGAGUUCAAGCAGCUGCAGCAGCAGCGGGAAGAGAAGGAGCAGCAUGGGCUGCAGCUGCAAGGGGAAGUCAGUCAGUUACAUAGCAAACUUCUGGAGACUGAGCGCCAACUAGGGGAAGCUCACGGUAGGCUGAAGGAGCAGAGGCAACUUUCAAGUGAGAAGCUGAUGGAUAAGGAACAGCAAGUGGCUGACUUACAGCUCAAGCUCUCUCGUCUGGAAGAGCAGUUGAAGGAAAAGGUAACAAAUUCCACUGAAUUGCAACAUCAAUUAGAAAAAUCAAAGCAACAGCACCAAGAACAGCAAGCUCUUCAGCAAAGCACUACAGCCAAACUCCGAGAAGCUCAGAAUGAUUUGGAACAAGUGUUACGUCAGAUUGGAGAUAAGGACCAAAAGAUCCAGAACCUUGAAGCCUUACUACAGAAGAGUAAAGAAAAUAUUUCCUUACUAGAAAAGGAAAGAGAAGACCUUUAUGCAAAAAUCCAAGCCGGUGAAGGAGAGACUGCUGUCCUUAACCAGUUGCAAGAGAAAAACCACGCACUACAGCAGCAACUAACUCAACUGAUGGAGAAGCUGAAGAAUCAGUCGGAAAGCCAUAAACAAGCCGAGGAGAACUUGCAUGACCAGGUACAGGAGCAGAAGGCACAUCUUCGAGCUGCACAAGACCGUGUUCUUUCUCUAGAAACCAGUGUCAGUGAACUAAGCAGUCAGUUAAAUGAAAGCAAGGAGAAGGUUUCCCAGCUUGACAUACAGAUUAAAGCCAAAACUGAAUUAUUACUAUCAGCAGAAGCAGCAAAAACUGCUCAAAGAGCUGAUCUUCAAAAUCAUUUGGACACAGCUCAAAAUGCACUACAAGAUAAACAACAGGAGUUAAAUAAGGUCAGUGCCCAGCUGGAUCAGGUCACUGCAAAGUUUCAGGAGAAGCAGGAGCAUUGCACUCAGCUGGAAAGCCAUCUCAAGGAUUACAAGGAGAAGCACCUCUCUCUAGAACAAAAAGCAGAAGACUUAGAAGGCCAGAUUAAGAAACUAGAAGCCGAUAAUCUUGAAGUUAAAGCAAGCAGGGAGCAAGCUGUGCAGAGCCUACAGCAGCAGAGGCAGCUGAGCACAGACCUAGAGCUCAGGAAUGCAGAGCUCAGGAAGCAGCUUCAAGAGCAGAAGGAAGUAGUAUCUCAUACAAAAUUGGAUCUACAGAAUAAAUCUGAAGCCCUUGAAAAUAUUAAACAAACCCUCACUAAGCAAGAAGAAGAAAAAGUUGUCUUGAAACAGGAAUUUGAAAAGUUAAGUCAAGAUUCAGAGGCGCAGCACAAGGAGCUGAGUGACAAGAUGCAAGCUGCGAUCACAGAGCUGAUGGCGAUGACAGCACAGAAGGAUACUCUCCUGGCUGAGCUCUCCACAACAAAAGGGAAACUGUCAAAAGUUUCUGAUUCUUUACAAACCUCCAGGAGCGAAUUUGAAAAAGAGAGUCAGAAAGGAAAGGCUGCCGUAUUGGACUUGGAAAAAGCUUGUAAAGAAUUAAAGCAUCAGCUUCAACAACAAACAGAAAGUGCACUGAAGGAGCAGAGUGAGCUGAGGAAGUCACUGGAGAAGGAGAGAGAGACUUCUCAACAGUUGAUGAUAGAACUCAAUUCAGUCAAGGGAGAAGUCACACAGGCUCAAAAUACAUUAAAGCAGAAGGAGAAAGAAGAGCAGCAGCUUCAGGGGAACAUUAAUCAGCUGAAGCAAGCAACUGAGCAAAAGAAAAAGCAAAUGGAAGCUCUUCAAGGAGAGCUUAAAAAUGUUACUACACAAAAGGCCCAGCUGGAGAGUAAACUGCAGCAGCAGGCGGCCCAGGCAGCCCAGGAACUUGCCUUGGAGAAAGGAAAGCUGUCAGCGCUGCAGAGCACCUAUGACAAGUGCCAGGCCGACCUGCAACAGCUGCAGUCUGACCUCUAUGGCAAAGAGUCUGAGCUUCUAGCCACAAGGCAAGACCUUAAGUGUGUAGAAGAGAAGCUUGCUCUGGCACAAGAAGACCUGAUUUCAAACAGAAAUCAAAUUGGAAACCAAAAUAAAUCAAUUCAAGAACUGCAGGCUGCCAAAGCUGCUUUGGAGCAGGACUUAGCAAAGAAGGAGGAGGCGCUCAAGGAGCAGAGUAAAGCACUGCAGGAUGCGCAGAGAGAAAAGUCAGUGAAGGAAAAAGAACUAGUAACUGAAAAGUCUAAAUUGUCAGAGAUGGAGGAAAUUAAAUGUAGACAAGAAAAAGAAAUCGCUAAACUCAAAGAAGAACUCAAGUCCCACAAACAAGAAAGCAUAAAGGAAGUAACAAAUCUCAAGGAUGCCAAACAACUUUUGAUUCAACAGAAAUUAGAACUUCAAGGCAAAGUGGACUCACUGAAGGCAGCUCUUGAGCAGGAGAAGGAGAGUCAGCAGCUAAUGCAAGAGCAGAUGAAGAAGGAAGAAGAGAAGCGGAAGGAAGAAUUUUCUGAGAAAGAAGCGAAACUGCAUUCUGAAAUAAAAGAAAAGGAAGCAGGAAUGAAGAAACAUGAAGAAAAUGAGGCUAAGCUUACCAUGCAGGUCACAACAUUAAAUGAAAACUUGGGUACUGUGAAGAAGGAGUGGCAGUCUAGUCAACGGAGAGUGAGUGAGCUUGAGAAGCAAACAGAUGACUUACGGGGUGAAAUCGCUGUCUUAGAAGCAACUGUUCAGAAUAAUCAAGAUGAAAGAAGAGCACUGCUAGAGAGAUGUCUUAAAGGAGAAGGUGAAAUAGAAAAGCUUCAGACCAAAGUCCUAGAGUUGCAAAGAAAGCUGGACAACACAACUGCAGCUGUGCAGGAGCUGGGCAGAGAAAACCAGUCCCUACAGAUCAAACACACACAAGCCCUGAACAGAAAGUGGGCAGAAGACAACGAGGUACAGAACUGCAUGUCCUGUGGGAAGUGCUUCUCAGUCACCGUGCGGCGGCACCACUGCCGACAGUGUGGAAAUAUCUUCUGUGCCGAGUGUUCAGCCAAAAACGCCUUAACUCCUUCUUCGAAGAAGCCUGUUCGUGUCUGUGAUGCAUGUUUCAAUGAUUUGCAAGGAUAACGGGUUAUCACAAGUGCAGAGUAGUAUUACACUAACAUUAGACUCUUAAUAAAUUGAUUUGGACUCUGGUUGCAUACUAGGCCAAAUUGAAAUUCGUAUAUUUUGGAAUGAUACCAGUAUCAAGUAAAACUCUUCUAUUUUUGUGA